CACACACACACACACACAAACAAAAUCCCGUUAGUAAUAAGCAAUUAGAGGAAAAACUCACAUGAAGUAGUUAUUUAUCUAGGAAAGUAUAUGGUGUAUUUUUAUGUUGGAUGGGUGCUACGGCUCUAAUCCACUUGCUGAAACACUGCUUUUUUAUUCCUUUCUUGUAGUUGUCAUGGAUGAUGAUGAUGACUCGUGUCUCCUUGAUCUUAUUGGAGACCCACAAGCAUUGAACUAUUUUCUACAUGGACCUAGUAGUAAAUCUAGCAAUGAUGACUUGACUAAUGCAGGAUAUUCUGCAGCCAAUUCAAAUUCAAUUUUCGCCAACUCUAGUAAUGCUGAUCCUAAGUCAUCCCUCAAAGCUGUGAGCAGCCAGCUUGGAGAAGGGCCCAGUGAUGGACUGCCGCUUUCCAGCAGCCUUCAGUUUCUGGAAGAUGAGCUUGAGUCUUCUCCUCUUGCUGAUCUCAGUGAGGACCAACCCUUCGACAUUCUUCAGAAAUCCUUGCAGGAGGCCAAUAUCACCGAGCAGACGCUGGCCGAAGAGGCGUAUUUGGACGCCAGCAUAGGCUCCGGCCAGCAGUUUGCACAGGCUCAGCUUCAUCCCUCUUCAUCAGCAUCCUUUACUCAGGCUUCUAAUGUUUCUAAUUACUCAGGUCAGACGCUGCAGCCGGUAGGGGUGACUCACGUGCCCGUCGGAGCAUCGUUUGCAAGCAAUACAGUGGGUGUGCAACAUGGCUUUAUGCAGCACGUGGGGAUCAGCGUUCCCAGCCAGCAUUUGUCUAAUAGCAGUCAGCUUAGUGGUUCUGGUCAGAUACAAUUAAUAGGGUCAUUUGGUAAUCAACCUUCCAUGAUGACUAUUAAUAACCUAGAUGGAUCGCAAAUCAUAUUAAAGGGCAGCGGGCAGCAAGCCCCAUCCAAUGUGAGUGGAGGGCUUCUGGUUCAUAGACAGACUCCUAAUGGCAACUCCUUGUUUGGGAACUCGAGUUCCAGUCCCGUAGCACAGCCUGUGACCGUUCCAUUUAACAGCACAAAUUUUCAAACAUCUUUACCUGUGCAUAACAUCAUCAUACAAAGGGGUCUUGCACCAAAUUCAAAUAAAGUUCCAAUUAAUAUCCAGCCAAAGCCCAUCCAGAUGGGUCAGCAAAAUACGUACAAUGUGAACAGUCUGGGAAUACAGCAGCAUCACGUGCAGCAAGGCAUCUCUUUCGCCUCUGCAAGCUCACCCCAGGGCUCAGUAGUUGGUCCGCACAUGUCUGUGAACAUCGUAAACCAACAGAACACAAGAAAACCAGUCACCUCACAGCCAGUGAGCAGCGCUGCGGGGAGCAUCGUCAUUCACUCUCCCCUGGGCCAGCCUCACACCCCCCAGAGUCAGUUCCUCGUACCUACAAGCCUUUCCGUCAGUUCCAACUCGGUACACCACGUCCAGACCAUAAACGGGCAACUUCUUCAGACUCAACCUUCUCAGCUCCUUUCGGGCCAGGUGGCCUCAGAGCAUGUCAUGUUGAACAGAAACCCUUCCAACAUGCUCAGGACCAACCAACCCUACUCCGGACAGAUGCUCAACAACCAGAACACCGUCCAGUUAGUGUCCGGGCAGACGUUUGCCGCCUCUGGAAGCCCAGUGAUAGUCAAUCACGCCUCUCCUCAGAUUGUUGGUGGACAGAUGCCCUUGCAGCAGGCGUCACCAACAGUGUUACACCUGUCACCUGGGCAAAGCAGCGUCUCCCAAGGAAGACCAGGCUUCGCCGCCCUGCCCCCCGCGACAAGCAUGUCAGGGCCCAGUCGGUUCCCUGUCAGCUCACCCAGCACUGCCCAUCCUAGCCUUGGGUCUGCAGGCCAGGCGGGUGCGUCAGGAUCCAGCUUCACAGGAGAUCAGCUGACCCAGCCGAACAGGACUCCAGUGCCGGUCAGUGCGUCCCAUCGUCUUCCAGCCGCUUCUUCCAAACCUACCAGCACCUUCAGUAACGCCCCUGGAGCAGGAACCCAGCAACAGUUCUUCUGUCAGGCUCAGAAAAAAUGUUUGAAUCAGACUUCCCCCAUUUCUGCUUCCAAGACCCCCGAUGGCCUGAGGCAAGCACAGAUGCCUGGCCUCUUGAGCACCGCACUGCCAGGACAGGAUUCUGGGAGCAAAGUUAUACCAGCGUCCUUAGGAAUCGCACAACCACAGCAGGAGAAAGUAGUUGGAGCGUCUCCUGGCCAACCAGCUGUGCAGGUGGAUGGUCAUUCCGGAGGACACAAGAGGCCCGCUGCAAAACAGCUGACUAAAGGAGCUCUCAUUCUCCAGCAGGUGCAGAGGGACCAAGCCCACGCCGUGACGCCCGAUAAAAGUCAGUUCCGAUCACUCAGUGACGCGGUGCAGAGGCUGCUCUCCUACCACGUGUGCCAGGGCUCCAUGCCCACGGACGAGGACCUGAGGAAAGUCGACAAUGAAUUUGAAACAGUUGCCACUCAGCUCCUGAAAAGGACCCAAGCUAUGCUUAACAAGUACAGAUGCCUGCUCCUAGAAGACGCCAUGCGUAUUAAUCCUUCUGCUGAGAUGGUGAUGAUCGACAGAAUGUUCAACCAGGAGGAGAGAGCAUCUCUGUCCCGGGACAAGCGGCUGGCACUUGUGGACCCUGAGGGCUUUCAGGCCGAUUUCUGUUGCUCCUUCAAACUUGACAAAGCUGCGCCCGACCCGCAGCUGGGGAGGAGUGACCAGCAUGGCAGCAAAAGCACCAGCUCCCUCCAUGCGACGGCCCGGGCCCCGGGCAGAGACCGAGCCAAGCCGGGCGCGGCGGACCCCGCGAACCCCGACCCGCUUCAUCUAGUGCCUAACCACAUCGUGGUCUCCGCGGAAGGAAACGUUUCUAAAAAGGCCGAGUGCCCGGGCAGGGCGCCCAAGUGCGACAGAGCCGGCUCGGCGCAGGCCCGGGGCGCGCCCGAGGAGAAGGCCGGCCGG